AUGGAUCGAGAAACGCAUUCGCACAUCAUGCAAGAUUUCACAAAUGCGUGGAGCAAGGGCGUAGCGCCGAUUACACAGCAUUUUAUUCAAAGGUAUUAUGACUAUGUGAAAAAGGAUAGUGCGGGCGCGGCUAGGGAGAAGAAGUGCUGGGUGGAUGGUAUGCAAGAGAAGAAUUGGCAAGGAGACAGUAAAACGGACAGGCAAAGGUUACCCCUAGCUUUGGGAUAUGCCCGAUGUGUAUUGCAAAAGCUGCGGAUUUUGGGGAGUCAGAAUAUUAUUAUGGAGAAGCUUCUGCAGGAGAAACAGCAUGCGACAUCUUACGAUAGCUGGUUGGCAGCGGUAAUAAGGCUUGAUGAGAUGACUCAGAAGGAGGCUUGGAAACAGGAAGAGCAGAGUUCGUUGUAUGACUGGAAGUUAGUGCGAGCGCAUACGGAGCGGAUGAGGGCUGCGCGGGAAGAGAAGGACUGGCUUCAAUUGCUAUAUAUUAUUCGAACAACAUGGGUGCGAGACCUUGGAGGCAUGUGCAAUGUUAAUCUCUAUAGGCAUUCGCACGUUGGUACGAAGUAUAUCAUUGAUGAGUAUGUGGAAGAGAGCAAGCGCUCGUUGAACGAAUUGGUAUAUCAUUCGAAUUUGGAUAUGAAUUAUUUAUUGGGGAUGCUUGUGCAAACGCGAAAAAAUAUUGGUCGUACUGCACUAGUGUUGAGUGGUGGUAGUACCUUUGGUCUGUUUCAUAUUGGUGUCCUAUCUACCUUGUUUGAGCAGGAGUUAUUACCCCGUGUGAUCAGUGGUAGUAGCGCUGGGGCUAUCAUCGCAUCGAUUAUGUGUGUUCAUCACAAACACGAAAUAAUGACCUUAAUUGAAGAUGUGCUUCAGAAGGAGUUCAAUAUAUUCCAGGAUGACUCACAGAAGACGAAGAGUGAGAAUUUGCUUAUAAAGAUUUCUCGCUUCUUUAAGAACGGAACCUGGUUUGACAACAAACAUUUAGUUAACACAAUGAUCGAUUUCCUCGGAGACCUAACUUUCCGUGAGGCUUACAAUCGGACAGGAAAAAUUUUGAAUAUCACUGUGUCACCAGCCUCUGUAUAUGAACAGCCGCGUUUGCUAAACCAACUAACGGCCCCAAAUGUGUUGAUCUGGUCCGCUGUGUGUGCUUCUUGUUCCUUGCCAGGUAUAUUUCCGUCAACUCCGAUAUAUGAAAAGGAUCCUAAAACUGGCGAAACUACAGAAUGGAAUAGCAGCUCGAUUAAAUUUGUGGAUGGCUCAGUCGAUAACGAUUUGCCUAUAGCAAAACUAUCAGAAAUGUUUAAUGUGGAUCAUAUUAUUGCUUGUCAGGUUAAUAUUCAUGUUUUCCCAUUCUUAAAACUUUCAUUAUCGUGCGUUGGUGGAGAAGUAGAAGAUGAAUUCAGUGCGAGGCUAAAGCAGAAUCUUUCCACUGUCUACAAUUUUAUGGCCAAUGAAGUUAUUCACAUGUUAGAAGUCGGAACAGAACUAGGCCUUGCUAGAAACGUCUUCACAAAGUUGAGAUCGGUGCUUUCACAGCAGUAUUCUGGCGAUGUUACUAUUCUUCCUGACUUGAAAAUGCUGUUACGUAUUAAGGAUCUUUUAUCAAACCCUACCCAGGAGUUUUUACUUCGUGAAACAGUCAAUGGAGCACGUGCAACUUGGCCUAAAAUUUCCAUAAUCAAAAAUCACUGUGGUCAGGAAUUUGAACUUGACCGAGUUAUUAAUUAUCUCAAGGGUAAGUUGAUUUCAAAACCAUCCCAAUCGCAUGGGACAUUGCAGUUUGUUGAUAACUCUAUAUCCCUUAUUAAUUCUCCAAUUAUUUAUCAUCAGGAUCAAAGUACUACUAUCAGGGAGUUCCUAGAUAGUCCGAGGAUUCAAGAUAGCGCCGUUGAAAAACAGGUUAAAUUAUUAUCCACAGGAGGUCGCCAUCAGUCUUACAGUGUUGUGAAAAGUAAAGUGCAUGUUCGCAGAAAAUCAGAAUCAUCUGCUGAGGGCAACGGUGUCCUUGAAUUAAUUCAACCUCGGUCAGCCUCCAGUUCACCAUAUAUUUCUGAAAAGUUCAUGCCGAUUGUAAUUGGGUGUCACCCAAAUUUAAAAAGAAAGAAAUCAGGUCCUUAUUUGGGGUUUUCUGCAGACAGAAGAUCAGGUUCCUCCUCAGCCGGUAAGUCCCUAAAUAACUUUCCUAUUUCAGAGAUUCAGACAAGAGAUGAUAACGUUUCUUUAGGAACUAAUCCUUCACUCCAGGCUGGUGGAACCAUAAUACCACAAAACGGUAAAGAACCCGAAAUUUCUCCUGAACUAAGUUUAGAAGCGUCAUCUGGACCACAUACCCUGACUGGGCCUUUUACUUCGAAAAAGAUACCAUAUAGGGGGUUUCGUCGAUCUAGAAGGAAUAAUUCAGGUCUUUUAAAUUCCAAAAACCUUGUAUCUGCUAGCGAUAAAGACAAGAAAAAUUAA